AUGGAAAUAAGCCAAUUAUUCCAGUCAUCCGUUCUCUUAAUCUUGGCGCAUCUGCUCCAAGGAGCAGUUACUCAGCAGUGUAGAUCCGAGACAUCAAUUUUAGGCUGGAUGUUGCAGGGACACAUCUACAAGACAAUGCAGGCAGAUCUUCCACACGCAUGCGUAUUUGCCUGUUACAAAGAUGACCGAUGUCAAAGCUUAAACUGGGUAAUCUCUCUCCUCACUUGCGAGUUCAACAACAGAACAAAGGAAGCAAGACCGGAGGAUUUCAUUCCAAACGCAGACAGAUCUUACUUCAAACGAGAGAGUGACCGAGGUAAAUAUAACGAUGAAGGGUCUGGUUAUCAGUUAGGAGAUAGUCAUGCAACCAUUAAUUAAGCCUGCAGUGCAGGCGUUUUCUUUGCGCGCGCAAUUUGCUCGCGAAAGUGCCAUGUUGAAACUUCACAAAGAGAGGAGGCUACCGUAAGAGUUACUAUUUGUACUCUCCCCAAUCUUCCACUAUCAUAAAAUCAAAGAUGGCGGCUACAACAAUAUUACGAACACGAACAAGGUUUCGCCUGCACUGCAGGCUACCAUUAAUUAAGCAAAGCACCAAGCUUUUUGAGAAAAUUCCACUUUUCAGCACAAAAUAACCACAUCUGGUUAUUUAAUGUAAAAUCAGGUGAAAAAAUCGGCAAAAGGCGGUUUUUAGGUUUUUUGAUUAAAAUGUCAGUGGCGAAACUACCUGUACGCCAACCGGAAUAAUAGAAUAGGUCCGCUGUGUGAACGCGGAUGUAGCGAGUGUUCUACGAACUCGAAGGUUUAGGUUGUGCUCUGUUGGAAUGAUCCAAUUUUGAUUUAUUUUCUUGAAGUUCCAAAGAGAAAUUGUAAUGCCAUUGUCAUUUUUUGCUAAUUACACUUGUGCUUCGAAGUGUUCUAUUUCUUAUAUUGGGUAUAACCUGACUAUAUUGACGUCGAUGCACAAUUUUAAGAGGGUUUCAGGGGCUUUAAACAGCCAAAGUCUUCAGUCAUUUGGGAAAAAAUGAAAGUUUUAAACCGUGUGUCAGUCGUUUUAGUAAAAAAAAGGCAACGUAAAAAUUUUUUCUUUCCACAAUAUUUAUCAUGUAGAGGGUUUUCGUUGUCUUGUCUCGUAGUCGAUGGACCCUAUUUCAGGCCUUGUUUUUUGUUUCUUUGUUUGUUUUUGUCUUCCUUGAACGGGUUAAAGCCGAUGGAAAUUUUUUCAAAACAACUGAUUUUUUCCUUCAAGUGUCCGUUAAACAUAACGGACAGAAAUUUAUAUGACAAAAUCGUUAGCCGUAUAAAAGCUAAAAUGUGCAUGGUCAUAUUUGGGGUAUUGUUUUCACUUUUCUGAAGUCGGGCUCAGAGAAAGCUUGCAUAAACCCCCUAUUUAACCUAUUACUAGUAAUAGUUGACACUGCAGCUGCCCCCGAUCAGUAUAUUGUCGGUCAAUAGUAUUCUUGCUCGUUGUGUAGCUCUUUGAAAUAUACCGAUUCAUAAUGAAGAUUUUCACACAUAUUCCAUACAAUAGCUAGGUGAGAUGAAUACAGGAAACGCAAGGUUCCAGCAUGCACAGUUUCAGUUCGAUUUACCCAGCUUUGAUCAAAACAUUCUCAGUUUCGAGAAUAGUUUAAACCAUAAGAAAAGAUUUAAUUGGAUGUUGAAUUUUUCGCUAUUUCUCUUUCACUUUUUACAUUCAGUUCAUUUUAUUUGCCGGAAAGGAAGCCUCAGAAAUUAAAAGGACGUUUGAUCAAUUCACGCUCGCGUAUUCUAUUCUUAUUUUAAACUUUAUAGCGGAAGGACAUAUGUGAGAAGGGAAUAAGUCAGCACAGAAUUUGAUUGUCGGCGAAUUUCUGCAAUCGUCCAUCGUUCUGCUAGUGAUAAGCUAGCCGUUGUUGAUUCGUCUUGCUUUUUUGGGGCUGAGUCUUAUUCCGGUCAAAGAGAGAGAAAGAGUGUCUGGCAAGGUUUCCAAUCAAAGAUUUGUGAACACGUGUCUGGCAAACUCUCCAAGUGUUUAUAUAUACACAGUUAUACGCACCUUAUAACUUCAUCUGCGCUCAACGAGUGUCUUUUGCUCCAUAACGUUCAAAACAACUGCUCCACAGAAUGUCACUGAUAACACGUAACGCAAAAGAGUAUCCAAGUAUGACUGCACAAUCUACCUAAGCGGUCCCUUCGGGAUUUUCUGUCUUUACGUCAUUCUAUCCAUUUCGAACAGGGGUCUUUUUUGCAUGAGCAUGCGCGACCGCUGAACAAGCGAUGUGCAUGGAGGCUCACCACAGGGUUUGCCUUCAUCAAAAUGGCGCGUCUCAAAGCUAUCAUAGCGAUUAUUUUGCUCGUUGGUCUUGGCGAAUGUACUCGUGAUGUAACAAAAUGUGUAGUUUGCAAAAAAAAAAACUCUAACAUGGUCUAAAAAAAAGCGAAGUAGACCGGCUUUAACAUACACGAGCUACUAUCAAAUUUCAUCUCCCCACUUGACCUGGACAACAGCGCGCCUAUAUGUAGUGCCUGGAGGAUUGCGCUGACCUCAUCAAAGUCUAGACAAAGUGCAGAAACGUUUGUUGAUGCAAGUAAACACUUUCAAUUUUCUUUGUUUUGAAAUGGGAAAGGAAGAUAAAUAUUAAAAAACAGCAAAUUUCAACGGGUUCGAAGUGCGCGAAAGCCGAUGUUCAGUUCAGCAGUGAAUUAAUAUAUGUUCUACAAUUUUCCAAGCACUUUAAAGCUACAAAAUUAAGAGCAAACGAGACGUAGAUUAGUCACCUGGUGAGAUGUUGGUGGUAGUCACUCUGUAUGUCUCCGAACAAUAAAAAAAUGAAUAUCAAUGAGACACAGUCAAAACUGCAUUCAAUAGGACCGAAAUUAAAGUCCAAUCUUGUGACCGAUUUUGAUGAAACAAACGGUUAGGUUUCCCAAGAAGUACAGUAAACAUGUGAUGCCGACCAAAAGUUAAAAAUCAUUAGAACAUUUAAGUUCUGGCCAAAAGCAAAUUCCUGUAAAAGAUGCGUUACAAUGUUAGUCCACGCAAAAACAUGAAGUUCUACAAUUUUCCUAUAAACAAACUUUGUAUCGCUAAAAUACUUAAGGCAAAAACUCUCUAUUCCAACUGAAAACGGCGUGGCAGUCGCCCGCUGAUCGUUAUUACUCCACUCCCGAAAUAUGGCUAAAUCAGCUAUUAACAAGUUAUUGCCAGAAAUGCUCUACGGCAUCGAGAAACCGAUUUACAUCCGAUUUAUAGACAAACACUAAAUAAAGAACAUUUUGCUCAAUAGGUACGCAUCAGCAAUGCAUUCUAUGCCAAACUUUGCGGUUCUUAAAGGGGAAUCAAGACACGAGUCGAGCGCCAAACAACAACAAGCAGCCAUGUUCGUGUCAGACAUCCUUGAGAAACUUGCUCUUUCACCUCGUUCAGCGCAUCAGUCUCCACUUUAAAUCAACAGAUCUUUACUUAUUUUGUACAACGAAGGUCUUUCCUAAGUUCCUGCUACCAUUUCAAUCUCAAGCAAGCUUUCAAAGUGAACAAUUUAGUUCCUAUGACUAUGCAGCACGGUCACUGUCACUGGUCGCGUGCUCUUUGACUAGUCAGCGGUCGCGCAUGCUCAUGCAAAAAAGACCCCUGUUUCCAUUUCGUACUUGCGGGCGCAAACAAUAGAAACGUCUUCAUUACCCACCGAUUCCUCGCGGCCCCUCUUCGAGCAAAUUGAUAUUUUUUUUCUGGCAUACUGACUGUAUAUUUCAACUGUAAGUACUUUCCUUAAUAUACGCGCGAGUUACUAGAGUGCCUCCUCGGCAUUUCGCCUUCCGGGCGAAGUCCCUGCGGGGGCAACUCGUUACCUGUGUGAAAACGAUUUUAAAAAAAGCAGACGCGGGGCUGGCUUAUAUCGAAAACUGUGCGCACCUCUGGAAAAUUUCUAACUCACCUCUGGUAAUGUCGCUAUUUCUUAGCUGUCCAUUAAUUUUUUUUUUCCCAGAUCUCAACUAUCAGUUAAGAACAAACUUAAAACGGUCCGUUAAAUCUCAUCUAAAAAGGCCCCAAAAGAUUUUUGAUUAUCUUGAAACUAAGGCUAAUUCAAACGACACCGGAGGAAUCAGUUUCGACCGGCUGAAAGAUUUGAGCGGGGCAUACUUGGUUCACCCAGGACUCUUCAAUAUUUUCGCCCUUUUCACACGAAACAUUGAGCGGCUAGGCGUCUAAAUUUUCGAACGAUUAAGCUGGUUUCCUUGUGAACGAAAAAAACUAAUCGCACAAAUUUUCAACCUGUCGAAAAUUCGUCCGAUUCCGUGUGAACGUCUCCUAAGCUGAUAAUACGAAAUGUUACAAUAACUAAUUUAACCCUCGGGCGUACAAGGGCUGGAGGGGGGAGGGGGGGGUUGCCGCCCCCCUAAGGUUUUUCUGAGUUUUUCCCUAGACGAUAAAACAUCAGCACCUGACGGUUUUCAGAAGCUGUUUGUUUAUCCCUAGUAGGCAAUUUGAGACAAGUUUAGUCAUGGUCAGUUACUAUGGUUACGAGGUAUGACGUUAUAAGUAGCAGGUGGUCAAGCCAUUUUUGAGUGAAAUUACAUGUUUUCUUAACUUCUUUCAACAAGAAAAGUAAAGAUUGUCGAUAAAACGAUGCAAAUUGCGAAUUUAUGUGUUAUUUUACAUGUCAAGCACAAAAAAUAUCAUGUCCUGCGGUUUUAGCCUGAUUUCUUGUAGCCCACGUUUGAUAUAUUAAACAUGAUUCUAACACGACUCCGAGGUUUCACGAAUCUAUUGUUUCACAAUUCCUUUAAGAGACAUGAACACAAAGAAAGCCAAACCAAGUUUAGAAAAAUAACCAGAAAGCCUUGGAGUCAUGUUAGAAUUUUAAUAUGUCGAACGUGGGCUACUCUUGGUAAAAUCCAAGAUGGUGGCCAAAAUGGCGACCAUUGUUGAUGACGUCACCAGCCCCCAGCAGCGCCACUACCCACAAAAUAUACCUCCGCUUGUUGAGAAGAUUAAAGGCUUUCUACUGAAGGCAAAAUCGUUUCGAAAUACUGAAACUUUUCAAAAAUCAGGGAGGAAGUAGCCUGCGAACAGCAGACGCAUUUCCGGUCGUCGCUUCUCUCCCUCCGAGGAGGGAGAGAAGCGACGACCGGAAAUGCGUCUGCUGUUCGCAGGCUAGGGAGGGAGGGCCUCCCUCCCUGAUUUUUGAUAUGUUGCAAUAUUUCGAAACGAUUUUGCCUUCGGUAGAAAGCCUUUAAUCUUGUUCCAUCAACCACCCCCCCCCCCUACCUCCCCCUGUACCAUGCUAAGGGUAUGAAUUUGCGUGCACUUCCGAGAGUUAAAGUAAUUUUCUAAUUUGUUUCUUUCCUUCAAUUUUCAACAGUCCCUCUUGGUUCCAUUGCUGAACUUCCUGCUGACACUUGUUAUGAAAUAGAAAAUAGUGAGGGAAAAGCUCCUAGCGGCAACUAA